ACUUUUUUUCUGAAUUUUAGGUAAACAACUCCCCAUGCUAACUGUCUUUGCAGUUCAACCGCCCGCGAACCACCGCGGCCGGCCGCACCCGAUCCCCACUCUUAUAAAUAGCAAAUCCACGCCUAGUAUUCCCAACAAUUCUCCAGCCACCCCUCUCCAUUUCCCAAAAUCCCAUACGCGUCCCUCGCCUGCGACCGCCUCCGGAAUGGCCACUUCCAGGUCGAAGCAAGACGAGCGCGCGGGAGCGGAGAUAGUGCGCGGGGCGGAGGAGUGUUACCGCCACUCCGUGGAGCUGCUGGAGGAGCUGGGGUUCCCGAGGGGAGUGCUGCCGCUGAGGAAUCUGGAGGAGUGCGGGAGAGUGCGGGAGACGGGGUUCGUGUGGAUGAAGCAAACGGCGCCGUACGAGCACUUCUUCGAGGGGACGAAGACGCGGGUGAGCUACGCGGUGGAGGUGACGGGGUACGUGGAGAGGUUGAGGAUGAAGAGGAUGACGGGGGUGAAGAGCAAGCAGGUGAUGCUGUGGGUCCCCAUCACGGAGAUGAGCGUGGAGGAGCCGGCGCGCCGCCGGAUCCACUUCAAGACGCCUGUGGGCCUGGGGCGGGCGUUCCCGGUCACGGCGUUCAUGACGGAGGAGGAGAAGAAGAAGUACCUGGAGACGGCCAACGAGUGAUGGAUAUAUGGAACGGCGUCGUUUCUUUGUUAGUGGCUUUGGUUAAUCCUCAUAUUUUGUGAUGAUCUUGCUUUUCCGUAACGUCUGUUUUGAUCAUUUUGUGAUCGAAGAACUUUAUAGAGCUUGUGUUCUAAAUUUUCUGAAAAUAUUCAUAAUUAAAUUUAUAAUUUCUAUUAUUCUAA